AUGGCAAUGUAUCCUGCUACGCCAAAUGGCCCUUUGUACAGGCAACCACCAGUUCUACUUACUUCCCCCGCCAAAUCCAGACCCCUCCUUAACCCCUUUCUACCUUCCUCCUUCACCUUCCCAAACCCACCUACCACGUACGGCGUCUCUCCUCCCAAACCGCUCUUCUGCCGAGCCACCGCCACUGCCACCGGCGACACUGAAACUCUACCCCAAUCCGCCAUCCAAAGGAUUGCAGAAAAGCUUCGCCUCGGCUACGUCGAAGAUGACAAGGAUGAGAACAAAGAUGAAGAUAAGCUUCCAAAGAAUGGGCCCUCCCCGGGCGAAAUCUUUGUUCCGUUGCCUUCCCAGUUGCCGAAGUACCGGGUCGGGCACACUCUUGACCCGAGUUGGAGCACGCCCCAGAACCCAGUCCUACCCGGCUCGGGGAAUGCGAUUCAGAAGUAUCACGAGUUGAGGAGGGGCGUGAUUAAGGAGAGGAUUGAGGAGAGGAAGAAAAGGGAGACAGUGCCCACCUUGGCGGAGCUCAAUUUGCCGGAGGAGGAGCUGAGGAGGCUGAGGACACUUGGUAUUCGGUUGCAGAAGAAGUUGAAGGUUGGGAAGGCCGGGAUCACGGAAGGGAUUGUGAAUGGGAUUCACGAGAGGUGGAGGAGGUAUGAGGUGGUCAAGAUCAGGUGUGAGGAUAUCUGUAGGAUGAAUAUGAAGAGGACUCAUGAGUUGUUAGAGAUGAAGACUGGAGGCUUAGUAGUUUGGAGAUCUGGAACUAACAUAGUGCUAUACAGAGGAGCUGAUUACAAGUACCCUUAUUUCUUUUCUGAUGAUAAUACAGCAAAUGGCUCUUUGCGUGAAGAAGCUUCAGUUGAUUUUCGGAUGGAUUACAGAGAGGAUAAUGAAAAGAAGGCUUCUUCAUCUGGUGGGAAUGCCCUGAGAUCUUCUGUACCUAAGUCACUCGGCAAAGUGUCUCAUCCACCUCUAAUACAAGGUGUAGGAACUCCAAAUAGAGUACGAUUCCAACUGCCUGGUGAGGCACAACUUGCUGAAGAGGCUGAUCGCCUAUUAGAAGGACUUGGUCCCCGGUUUACUGAUUGGUGGGGGUAUGAACCUUUACCUGUUGAUGCUGAUUUUUUACCAGCAGCAGUUCCUGGAUAUAGGAGACCAUUUCGUCUGCUUCCGUAUGGAGUGAAACCUAUAUUAACAAAUGAUGAAAUGACAAUUUUACGGAGACUUGGUCGGCCUUUACCAUGCCAUUUUGCCCUAGGCAGAAAUAGAAAACUUCAGGGCUUGGCUGCUGCAAUUAUUAAGCUAUGGGAGAAAUGUGAAAUUGCCAAAAUUGCUGUUAAAAGAGGAGUCCAGAACACCAACAGUGAAUUGAUGGCUGAGGAACUAAAGAACCUAACUGGGGGAACCUUGCUUUCAAGAGAUAAGGAAUUCAUUGUCCUGUACAGAGGAAAGGAUUUCUUGCCAGCUGCAGUCUCUUUAGCAAUUGAAAAGCGGAGAACUAUGCUUGAUGGUGAAGAAAAGGGAGCAGACAAAAGUUUUACUACAGUGAGCUCAAAAGACCAAAGGCUGGGGACCUCAGAAAAUUGUAAUGGAGAUGAAAAUAAUGGUAAAGAGGACCAGAAACUUGAACUUGCCUCCAAGCGAAGGCAUCGAAGCUCAACAGAAACAGCAAUUGAGAGAACUACUGCCAAAUUAUCCAAGGCACUAGUGAAGAAAGACAUGGCAGAGAAGCUUCUUGUAGAGCUGGAGAAGGAAGAGACCACCCAAGAGCCAGAAGUUGAUAAAGAAGGUAUUACAGAAGAAGAACGAUAUAUGCUGAGAAAAAUUGGCUUGAGAAUGAAACCUUUCCUGCUUCUGGGAAGACGAGGAGUAUUUGAUGGAACAAUCGAAAAUAUGCAUCUUCACUGGAAAUACAGAGAAUUAGUGAAGAUUAUAACCGGGGGAAGAAGUAUUGAGGAGGUCACUGCAAGAGCACGAACACUGGAGGCAGAAAGUGGCGGAAUUUUAGUAGCAGUUGAACGGGUUAGCAAAGGUUUUGCUAUCAUUGUAUAUCGUGGAAAGAACUACAGUCGCCCUGCUUGUUUGAGGCCUCGUUCGCUUCUAAGCAAAAGAGAAGCAAUGAAACGUUCUUUAGAGGCACAACGUCGUGAGUCUCUCAAAUUACAUGUUUUGAAGCUUACACAGAAUAUAGAUCGGUUGAAGCUUCAAUUGGCCAAAGAAAAGGGUACAAACAAGACGGACUUGGCUGAAGAAUUAAAACUCAAAUUGGACAAAGAGCAGGAGCCAGACAAGUUCCAUUCAUCAAAAAAUAAAAUGUCCCUUGCUAGUCCUGAACUCUCUCCCCAAUCAUUGUCAACGAGCCAUAUAAUGAACAGCUUAAUUUGUACUGCUGCCAAGUCAGUCAAUUUCAGUGUCAUGCACCCAGGAUGUGUGAAGUGUAGGCCAUAUGACACUUGGUGUGACAACGCACUUCCGCCAUUGGUACUAUGGAGGCUAAGACUUGGUGGCACUAAAGCUAUGCAGUCCCCUGCUGAUUCCAUGAAAACUGAGCUGGAUUCAUCAGUUCAUGUAGUUAAGGAAAGUGGCUGCAAUGCAAUACCUGUUAGAGCUAAAAGCCUCUCCAAUAGAGACAGGCUACUUUUGCGGAAACAAGCGCUGAAGAUGAAAAAGCAUCAUGUGUUUGCCAUAGGGAAGAGCAACAAGGUUAGUGGACUUGCUGAAGCAAUCAAGGUCCGCUUCCAAAAGUACCCGCUCGCUAUAGUGAAUGUAAAAGGCAGAGCCAAAGGGACUUCUGUCCAGGAGGUGGUCUUCAAGCUGGAGCAAGCCACUGGGGCUGUGCUGGUGUCUCAAGAACCAAGUAAAGUCAUACUGUAUAGGGGUUGGGGAGCAGGAGAGCCAAACUACCCAUGGUAGCCGGGAAAGUACUACAGAUUCGAGAUACUUUUCGGGCAGAGAGGGUAGGACUCCGCAUGCUAUACCUCACGAUCUUAUGUCAGCGAUCAGGCUUGAAUGUGGUUUGCAGCCUUACAACGAGAAAGAAUCCCUUUUUAGGCUACAUCUCUCGUUGAUUUUUGUAGCUUAGUUGGAAUGCAUCAGUUUUGACACGCAUUUGAUCUAGCAACCGGGCUUUCUGCACUAAUUGCAAAAUCUCGGCUAUGGAGGCGUCCUGUUAAACCUGAAUAUGAAGCAGACAUGCAGAGCCCUCUUUCGGUGGGAAUCUCAACUAAUCUGAACUUUAUUUGACCGUGGCUUUUCUUAUUGUUAUUCAGCAGUAGCCACGGAAUUUGCUACAACGAUAAAAUAAUAUAGGAAGCCUCUCUCUCUGACUCUCGCUCAGGUUGGCAGUCGGAACAAUGGGAAGGUAGCCAUGCUCCUGCCACUUCAACUUGAACACUGGAAGACUUUUUGUUCUUGGGGUCCCAACUCCAUAGCGGAAGGGAAAACCUGAUGGCAUUCUAUGAUGUUGAUUCAGGUUUAAGGUUCAGUGUCACGCGUGAUUAUGCAAAUAUAUGAGUUUCUGUAAAAGCACGGGGUCCAUGUAGGUGUUUUUUUUUUUUUUGUUGGGAAAAUCGUUCAAAAUGUUUUUUAUAUUUUU